UGCCCAAAUGCCAAAGUGCACACUGUGGACCAGAAAACAUGUUUCUGUGUUCCCUGCUCCCAGUUAUUGUAAAGAAAAUGUUCUACUGUUUGCUUUGGAUAUUUACUGUGCUUUGCAGAAUCUAUAAAGCAGAUAGAAAUUCUGUGAGAAAUGCUUACAUUUCUCCUGAGUCUGCUGAAAUUGAAAGAGGUUCAACCUUAAAACUUCUUUGCAUUCUGGGAAACUAUGACAUGCCUUACAGAAAUGCAAGUCAUGUUAUCUGGAAGUUGAAUCAGAAUUUGAUUGCACAAGAAAACUACAACAUUAUCAAUGAAACUGUUGCUGGUGUAACCAUCCAUAAUUUCACCCAGGAAAGUGCACAUGUGAAAUGCUUAAUUAAAUAUCCAGAUAAAGAACAACUUCUGGUUCACACCAAAGUUAAAUCUGGCUUUCCACCAAGCACACCAGGGAAUAUUUCCUGCAUUUACCAUUACAAUGUUAAAUUUACUUGCAGUUGGAUUCCAGGAAAAGAAACCUAUCUUACAACAAAAUAUACUCUUGUUAGAAAGCGACCCAUUUUUAUGGCGACAUAUUGUGAUAAUAUUUGCCAAACAAAUCACAGUAUAUGCUCUUUAUUUUAUCCACGCACUGAUCGAAACUAUGUUAAUGUGAGAGAGGAAGAUGCUUUAGUUGAAGACCAAUUGGAUUUUCAUUCUAUGCAAGAUAUAAAAUCAGUCUCUGCAGACAAGAUAAAAAAUAUUACCUGCAUUUAUUUUUAUGAUGACCGUUGUGUUCGCAGAUGGACUGCAAGAAAAGUUACCUAUCUUAAAAAAACAAAAUAUGCUCAGGUUAAUAUUCAGGAUCAAAAUUUGAUGGAUGCAUUUCAAGAGGAUACCUGUCAAAGCAACAACGGAUCAUGUUCGUUUUUCUCCCCAGAUAUUCCAUUUGCUGAAGACUAUUGUUGUCAGGUGAAAGCUGAAAAUGUCUUGGGUGUAGGCAUAUCUGAUUGCGUUCCUAUAAAUAUGAAUAAAAUAGUGAAAACUGAGCCUCCUAAGAUAGUUUCAGUAGAAAAAAUUGCUGGUGUAAAGCAAUCGCUUAACGUAACCUGGGACAAACCUGAUCCAGCAUUACUAGAUUUAAAUUGUCGUCUUCGAUACAGAAACACAAAUUCAAAUACUUCGAAAACAGUUACUUUCACUAUGAAUCAAAAUAAAAGAAGAACAUCAUUUAAUCUCACGGAUCUAUGGGAUUUUACAGAGUAUGCUAUUGCCAUUCAAUGUGUUGGUGUUGAAUCAGAAAUCUGGAGUGAAUGGAGUGAAGAGGAAAUAGGAAGAACAGAACAACAAGCUCCUUCAAGAAAAGUGGAUUUGUGGAGAGUAAUUGAACCUUCACCGUCAGCUGAAAAUAGAUAUGUGCAUCUUAUGUGGAAGGUGUUAAAAGAAUAUCCAUCUUCGGAGUGUCUACUUGGCUACAAAAUACAGUACUGUCCAGAAAACAAUGCUUCUUUUAAAAUGACACACAACACUACUGACAAGGUGGCCAAGCUCCUUUUAACGGGGGAAGCCUAUGUGAUAUCUGUUGUUGCAUAUAACUCUGUUGGAGAGUCUCCUGAGGCUACUCUAAGAAUUCCAUCUAUUGGUGAAAAAACUCCCAAAUGGAUUGAUACAGUGAGGACACUUAAUUUAAAUGAACAAAUCGUUGUGGAAUGGGAAGCAUCAGUUUCAGAAAUAAACAGAUAUGUCAUUGAAUGGUCUGAGGAGUUGGAGACUGAGCCCUUGGGUAGAUCAUGGCAAUAUAUAUUAAAUACUACAAAGUGGACAGCUCAGAAAGAUGCCUUUAAACCCUUCAAAUGCUAUAAUAUCUCAGUGUAUCCUCUCUAUGGAAAUAAAAUAGGAACUCCACAUUCCAUACAAGCUUAUGUUCAAGAAGGACGUCCAUCAGUUGGUCCUGUGGCUAAAACAAACAAUCUGGGAAAAAAUGAGGCUAUGAUAAAAUGGAAGAAGAUUCCAAAAGAUAAAAGAAAUGGCUUUAUUAUUAACUAUACAAUAUUUUAUAAACCUGAAGGUGGAAAAGAAUUAAAUGAAACUGUGAACUCUGAUGUUCUGCAAUACAGACUGAAGUCUCUGCAAGCAAACACCCAGUAUACUGCUCAUGUCAUGGCAGCCACCAAAGCUGGCGGAACCCAUGGAAACAGAAUAACCUUCAGCACUUUGAAAUUCAGUAAAGAAGACUUUAUUUUUAUAACAAUACCAUUUGGAUUCUGUAUGCUCUUAUUAUUAAUCCUUGGGAUAACCUGUACUCUAAAAAAACACACAUUGAAAAAGGUUUGCUGGCCUGAUAUACCAAAUCCUGCAGAGAGCAUUGCUGUGGAGUGGCCUACUGACAAGCUUAAGAAUAAUUCGCCUCUGAAGGAAGUACAAUCUGAGGAUGGAACAGUAGAUCCUGAAGGCAUCUGUGUUUUGGAAUCAUGCUUUCCUGCUGAAGACCAUACUGCAUUAUUAGUAGAGAGUCAUGAGAACUAUGAUUCUAAACAUACAAAUGUUUGUAAAAAGGAGAUGGGUAAUGGACAUAAAAAGAUUUUGUAUGGUGAAGAAUAUGAAGUUGUAAAACCACUAUCACCAUCAAUUCCAUAUAUAGUUACAGAACAAGACUUCAGGAGUCAAAUGUUGCUUUCAGCUUUGAUGCCUACCAGAAGAAUCCAACAUCAGCAUCUAGAAAUAUCAAAAGAAGGCUUAUGUGAGUCCCUGCAUUCUUCAAUUGAGAAUUCCAAAGAGAAUGAAAAGGAGGAAGUUCUAGAACAUACAGAUUUCGAAGAAGAAACUAAAAUCAAUCCAUAUCUGAAGAAUUCUUAUACAAGGGAAUUUCUAAUUUCUGAGAAUUUGCCAGAAUACAAUAAGGAAGCCAAAAACCAAUUGCUUGUCUUAGCCCUUUUCCAGCGAAACACUAUAGGGCAACCAUAUGUGACACUGGACAUGUUUGGACUGACCACAGCUGAUCAGUGCAUACCUGCAAAGUCAUUUUGAGGUAUUGUACUGUCCCGCUGGUCUGCUGCUUUCUCUUUGAGGGAGUGUUGCCUUCCAUACAGAAAUGCAUUCAAUUUCUCUUAGCAUCACUUACUUCACUGAAAACUACCAGUUUGUUUGAACUACUUUGAAGGAAUUAAUGCAUUUCAUCAUCUGUUAAUUUUGACUUCAUAUUAUUGUUCUCUUUAACAGACAGACAUAGAGAAAUAUGCGCCAGUAGCCAGGCAAAGGAAUCACACUUAAUUCUUUUUAUCCCUCCCCUUCCAGUUUAUUAAAACAAAUUUAUCUUUACCAUGACAGUAUCCAUCAGUGCAAGCAGGAUGCUGAUUUCCUUCCUGACAGUCUCUUUCUGAAGCAGGCUGUUGCUAAGGCCAGGCAUGCUUACUCAAACAUCGCCAGGAUCUUCAAAUCCCUUCCUUUCUUCUUUCUUAAAGUUACAAGAAAUAGAACUUCUCUUUUCCCAUUCUUCCUUCCCUUAACUUCUGUUUUCAAUUCUAUUUGUAGUGUUCCUGCUAUUUGUCAAGUAACUGGAGGCUCUGCUGUUCCUCUUGCCACUUCGGUCAUCUGGUUUGGAUAUUAUGCUUCCUGUUUGUGUCAACAAGAUUUUGUCUGUGGCCAUAGAUUUGGUUGGAUUCUCUGUCACUCUCCUGUUUCAUUUUCUCUUGAUUUUAUCUUCUGUAUUUUACUCUGUUUUUCAUUUCUCCUGGUUAUUUGUCACUCAUUGUCACUCCGUGUGCCCCAUUCUAUCAUCUUACUCCUUUGUCACUGUAGAUCUCUCCUGGCCCUCCAGCUGCUUCUCCAGUUGAUGCAUUGACUUCCUUGACUGAAAUGGCUUAACUGAACCCAGCCUCUUCUGUAGAAAAGGGCACUGAAUCUAUAUUUAAGACAGUGCUUCUCCUCUAACUAAAGGAAAAUGCUGAAUCAAACUGAGUAGUCAAAGGAGUCCCUUGAAGAUUAUCUCAUUAAA